AUGGCGGCUACAUUUCAAUCAUGUAAUUCACCAUUUACAAUUGUAAGUCCAACAUCAUUUUAUCCAUAUUGUUAUCAAAUGAAUCAACAAUCAUCACUUGUUACUCAAUUAAAUGCUAUACAAGAUUGUAGUGAUAAAUCAGCACAACUUGUUUGGUUUCAAUCUAUUGAUGAAAUACAACAACAAUUAAUUCCAGCAUUAUUUGUUCGAGGUUUAACUCGAGAUUUUUGGACAAGUGGAAUAUUUAAUUCAAUACUAAAUCGAUGGCAAUGGUUAUUAUCAAAUAAUAAUACUCGUAUUGAUAUUGAUUCAUCAAUUUUAACACAAUUUGGAAUAAAUCCCUUAGGUGGUCAAUCUCUUCAUUAUUCAUUUGCAGAAUUAUCUAAUCGACGUUUGAUAUCAAGUUCAUCAUCAGAAACUUAUUCAACACUUUGUAAAAUAUCUGCAACACGUUUUUUAUUAAAUAAUCAAACACGUUCAAUUGAUUUGACAUCACAACAAUAUGGUUUUCAAAAUCAAACUCAAGUUAUUUUUUAUAAGUUUAAUUAUACAAUUUUUUCAACAAUUCCAACAAAUACUCUUAUACAACAGCCAACAGCUGCACAAUAUUCAACUAUGUGUGGUGCUAUGGGUAGUCCAUCGACUCCUGUUGAUCCAUAUAUCAUUGAUAUUUGUGGUUAUUUUCCUUCAAUAAAUGAUGGAAAUGUUCAAUUAUUAAUGCAAACAAUUUCUUCAUAUUAUACAUCUCAUCGAAUAACAAUUUUAUCAACUCAAAUUUAUACUGCAAUACCAUUAAAUGUUGAACAUUAUGUAACAAUAUCUGGCGAUUUAAUGACUCGAAUACGUUUUAUAAUAACAAGUCCGUCAUCGAUUAUUCUCGGAUCAAAUAUUGAACCAUUAGCAUCAAUUAAUGAUAUACUUAAUACAAUAAAUUAUCGAAUUUAUCAACAAUGUAUACCUUAUAUAUCUUUAAAUAUUCUUUUACCAUUAAAAUUAUGUAUUCCAUUUAAUGAAAUUUCAUUAUGGACAAAUUUAAUUGCAAAUGCAGUUUCAGCAGCGACAGGCCAAUUAAGUGUAACUGUGAUGCUUAAAGGUGUUCGACAAGGUGUUACAUCAACAGGACAACCAGCCAAUAUUGCAUAUUUUUUAAUAACCAUUAAUGGUAUGACAUAUAAUCAAACAAUCGAUAGUAAUUUAGCAUCAAAUCCAAUAUUGAUUUCAACAAUAACACAAACUAAUAAUCAAUUAUUAUGUUCAAAUCAAACACAAAUAGUUCCAAUACAAUAUAGUAUUCAAAAUUUUUAUGUUCCAUGUCCUAUACCACAAAUACUUCAAAGACAAUUAAAUAAUGCAUUACAACGAGCUGGAAUUUACACUAUUAAUAUGACAAUAUUCGGUGUUGAAGAAGCAGUUGAUAAUCUUGGACAAAUUUAUCGAUUACCAAAUAUAUAUAUUCAACAUCAAAAUGGAACAUGGCUUGAUAGUCCAUUACAAUUAAAUAAUCAAUUAUAUCAAAUCUUAAUAUCUGUUCAAAUGCAACAAUUAACAACUCGUGUUUAUAUUUUAUCAAAAGCUUAUUCAUAUUUUUAUUUAAAUUCAUUAACAACAAAUGAUCGAGAUUUUCUACAAAGAUUAAUUUUAACAUUAUAUAAUCAACAAAGUUCUAUAACAAGUAAUAAUGUAAAAAUUUUAUUGGAAGAUCCAUAUUUAAAUAUAAGUUCAUUAAUAACAAUUCAACGAGUUUAUGCAUUUAUAUUUUAUAAUGAUCAAGAACUUGAUGGAAGAUAUUUAUCAUCAUUAGUUUUAUCACCAUCACAAUUUAUGAGUCCUUUUUAUAUACAAACUCCAUUGACUUAUGUAUCAAAUUUAAUACCAGCUAAUGUUGUUAAACAACGUGAUAUACAAAAAAUAACAUUUACUGGAAAAAUUGGUCAAACAUUAGCACAAACAGCAUUAACUGAUUAUUGGCAAAAUCCAAUUAGACAAGGAUUAACUAAUACAAAUGUUUAUAUUAUACAAUUACAACAAUAUCUUAUCUAUUCAAUAAAUCAAUAUUAUACAACAAUAACUUAUAUAGUAAUAACAUCAGAUGGUUAUACUAUUCCAAGUGCAUGUUUUAAUCCAAGUUUACUUCAACCAUUAAAUGGUUUAUGUGAUGCACCGAAUAAUUAUGUUGCACAAGUACCUUUUAGUUAUACACCAUCGUUUAUUGAUCUAAGAGGAAAUUAUUUAAAAGCUGAUCUUGAUCAAGAUAAUUUUCAAACAUUAAUUACAUCUGCAUUACAAAGAACAGGAAUUAGUAGUACAGUUUCAUCAAUAUUAAUUGAACCACGUUUUGGUUUUGAUAUGUCAUUAGUAACAAGAGUUUAUUAUAUGGUUGUACCUAAUCAAAUCAUUACACAAGAACAAAUACAAGCUCAAUUAAACUCUAUCUUUUCAACAAUGCAACCAAUUAAAUAUGAUCUAUAUUCAAGUGGACAAUUAUCUAUUGCACGUAGUGAUGCUCAUCAAUAUAUAAGUAAUGUUUCAUUACCAUUAACAACUUUAAUUCGUCAAGAUAUUGAAAAUUAUUUAACAUCAUUUAAUCGACAAUAUGGAAUUGCAAAAAUUGUUUAUGCGGAAUCUCUCAAUGCUAAUCAAACUCGUUUUUAUCUUGCGUUUCUCAAUGGUACACAAGUAUUAACUCGAUGUGAUUUUUUCUUAUAUUAUCCCGGUGUAACAAAUAUUGCCAAUGGAACAGGUGGAUUUUAUAGUAUAUAUCUUGAACGAAAUGUUUUUGUUGGUCAACCCAAUGCACUUGCUAAUGGUCUAGCACAAAUUUGGACGAAUCAAAAUUUAGGUGUUCCAGCAGGAGUUUUAUUUGUUCAAUUACAAAAUCAAAUCCAAUAUAUUUGUUCUGGGGGACGAAAAUCAGUAAGAGUUGAUUAUAUUGUUCAAAGUCUAUCAACAAAUGUUGUUGUGAAUAAUUUAACUCCACCACCAAAUUCUGCAUUUGAACAACUUUAUGGACAAUAUGUUAAUACAAGUCGUUGUAUCUCUUAUCAAGCACAUUGGUUAUAUUUAAUUGAACCACGUCCAUCAAAUGAUUUAAUUCGUUCUGCAUUAGAAAAUGCAUGGCGUCAAUCAAAUAAUAAUUUACAAAUUAAUAUUUCACCGGAAUUUUAUUUUGAUUCAUCAUAUUUAACUAUUAAUAAUCAAACAUUAACACGUUUAACUUAUACAAUUAAUUUAAAUGGUUCCGAUUUGUCUUCAUUAAUGGUUACACAACCAUUACUAAAUUCGAUUUUAUUAUCAAAUAUUUAUACAGGUAUUCCAUAUAAGAAAUUUUCUAUUUAUGUUGAUGGAAAUAAAAUAAAUUUAACAAGUCCAACAACAUUAUCAAUGAUAAAUCAAGCAUUAAGAACAAGUUGGUCAUUAGCUAAUAGUAAUCUAUUUUCAGCAAAUGAUGUUUCUAUUCCAUCAAUUAAUUCGGCUUUAUUAAAUAAUGGACAAACUAAAAUUGAUUAUAUGAUUGGUUUAAAUUCGGGUGAUAUUGGUGAUUAUUCUCAACCAUCAGAAAGAUCUUAUACACAAAUAUUCAAUCAAACGGGUUUACAAACAUUAGUUUAUACACGUUAUAUACCAGGAUAUAAUAAUCUAAUGAUAACAAAUAAUAAUCAAACAUCUAAUUUACCAUUUUAUUAUCGAUUUGGACCAAUUGAUGGGCUUGACUGGUGGAUUAUUCUAAUUAUAGUUAUUGGUAUAUUAACGAUUUGGUUAAUAAUCUGUUUAAUUUGUUAUAUAUGUUGUCGACGACGCGCGGAACGAAAUUCAUCAUCUGUAGUUAUACAUGAUGUUCAACAUGUAUCGAAUAAUGAACCAAUUUAUGGAACACAUCCUAUACUUUAUCCAUUAUCAAAACGAAAACAUUCAGUAUCAGUUAUCGAUUUACAAGAUCAACCAUCAACAAGAGAAUUUCGUCGACCAAAACGAACAACAAGAUCAGUAUCACCAUCAAAUAGUUUUCGUUAUAUUUUACCAUUUAAUUCUCAACGAGAACAAAAAACAAAAAAUUUUGAACAAACAUCACUUGGUAAUACACAAAAUGUACCAAUAACAAUAACCAAAAGUCCUAUGUAUAAUAAUGAUUAUUUAUAA